AUGGCCGAAGAUGUCUUCGACGCAACCGAUAUCAUGAAGACCCCGAAGCGCUAUUGCCGAACAUGCCGGAAAAUGCUCUCGACCAGCAGCUUUCCCUCCGAGUACCAUCUCUCACUGUCGCCGCACUUUCCCAACCUGCACAAAGGACAACUAUUCUUUCAUCCAGACAUACGGUGUGAGCUUACACCUCUGUGUCCGCUUUGCAGCUUUUUACGGAAGGGGCUCGGAAAGGACUUUGAGCCAGGAACGUGGCCUUACUUCAAGGCUUUUGCUGAACCUGGUGAUCCGGCGGCGGCGUUUGUGGAUCUGAACCCGCCAAACGUAGACAAAUCCAGCGCCAUGGUUUUCGAAAAGAGUAUGUGUUCUCUGACGCACUGCUUGAACAAGCACAAACGGUGUAACUCGGCUGCGGCGACACAGAAUCCUCUUCUGCCAACAAGGGUCAUUGACGUUGGAGGCAACGAUCCUGCCUUAGUCGCAAAGAUUCACAUCUCUACUGCAGACGAGCGAGGUGCGUACUGCUGUCUAAGCUACUGCUGGGGAGAAGCCAACCAGUAUUUGACAACACGCCAAAAUCUGGAGUCCACGACGAAGGAAAUUCCCAAAUCUCAGCUCGCCCAGACAAUUUUGGAUGCCAUGGAGGCUACGCAGCGGCUUGGAUUCCGUUUCCUCUGGGUGGACGCUCUUUGCAUAAUCCAAGACAGUGACGAAGACAAGAGCACUGAGAUCAACAAAAUGGGUGCGAUCUUCAGGAAUGCAACCCUCACAAUCGCAGCAGCGACGGCCAGGAGUGCGACAGAGGGAUUUUUGCGGACACCAAGGAAAGAGCUCAAGUCUUGCGCUGUUCGACUUCGCCUGCCCAACAACCAAAUCGGCACUGUCUUCCUUUCAUUGAGAGACUACUACUUUUCCAGUGGUAGUAGGACAUCUGAGGACAAUCCCCUUCAGACAAGAGGGUGGGCGUUACAAGAAUUUUUACUUUCCCCGAAACUGCUCAUCUUCUUCAACUUGGACGUAGUUUAUUGCUGUCAGACCAACAGCAAAACCUACACAGACAGCCACUUCAGCAAAACAGGAUUCUACCUGCCCCGCCUUCCGGGCGAAUAUCUACGGAGUACAUGA